UGCGCUUACGUGUGUGUAUGCGCGCAUGUGUUUGAGAUGGGGGCUGCGGUCUGUCAGACUGCAAGUGGAACACGAAGUACCUUCGGUUGGAGAGGGCGGGUCGAACACAACGUUACCGCCAGCGUCGUGACACUCUACUAGUACAAGCUGCCGGCGCGAUUCCCUGAAGUUACAUUACGGAUAUAGAACCACAUGAGAGGCAGAAGCGAGAGAGCCAGUCCGGGUAGCGGGACUACAAAAAUGAACACGCACAGGGGCGAGUUUACAGAUGGGCGGUCCAUAGCAGCACUCUUUGCCAAAGAGGGUAUUGACAUCACUUCGAACAAAGAUAAGGGUGUUUGCAAGGUGGUGAGGAGACAGGGAGCAGAGGGGGAAAGUCCCAUGAUCGGUGAUAAGGUGUUUGUUCAUUACACUGGGAAACUGCUCAAUGGGAGGAAGUUUGACUCAAGCAUUGAUCGCAUGGAGCCAUUCAGCUUUAACGUGGGAAAAGGCCAGGUGAUUAGGGCCUGGGACAUCGGUGUGACCUCCAUGCAGAGAGGAGAGGUCUGCACAUUCUUGUGUAAACCGGAGUACGCCUAUGGCAAAACUGGCAACCUCCCUAAAAUUCCCCCUAACAGCUCACUAGUGUUCGAGGUGGAGUUGCUGGACUUCAGCGGAGAGGAGUUGAUGGAAGAUGGGGGCAUCGUGCGGCGGAUAAAAGUCAAAGGUGCAGGCUUCACCAAUCCCAACGAUGGAGCAACAGUCCACGUGCACCUUGAGGGUAGUUGUGGAGGUCGAGUGUUCGAGUCGCGGGACGUGCGCUUCAUCGUGGGAGAGGCCGAGGACGUUGGGGUGCCCAUGGGAGUGGACAGGGCCAUGGAAAAGAUGCAGAAGGGAGAAUGCUGCCUGCUGUAUCUCAAGUCUAAAUACGGUUUUGGAACCGAGGGGAAACAGAAGUAUAACAUUGGACCAAAUGCUGAUCUGGUAUAUGAAGUCAUACUCAAAGACUUUGUAAAGGCCAAAGAAUCUUGGGAAAUGGACCUGAAUGAAAAACUUGAACAAUCAGUUUUGGUCAAACAGAAAGGGACUCAUUACUUCAAGGCCUGUCGAUACCACCAAGCUGUGAUCCAGUACCAGCGCAUUGUGUGUUGGCUGGAGAUGGAGUGUGGAGUGAGCAAACAGCAGCAACAGGCUAUCCAGGACCUGCUGCUUGUAGCUCACCUCAACCUGGCACUCUGCUACCUGAGACUGCAGGAGUACUCACAUGUGAUUGAUAACUGCAACAAGGUGAUUGAAAUGGAUGCUGACAACGAGAAGGCCCUUUAUCGGAGAGGAGAGGCUCGUCUUCAGCGGAACGAGUUCAGUUUGGCAGUGAAAGACUUUCGGCACGUUCUCCAGGUGAACCCCUCCAAUCGUGCCGCUAAUUCUCAGAUCACUGUCUGCCAGAGGAAAAUGCGUGAGCAUCAUGAACAGGACAAGAAGAUCUAUGCCAACAUGUUCCAGAGAUUUGCAGAACAUGAUGCUAAGGUGGCCCGGCUAAAAAGGAAGAGGGAUGGCGGCAUAGCAUGCAACAUCAGCUGUAAACGAAAACACAGCAGAAGCCAGGACUGCUCCUGAUCCAGGAGGGGGAGCACAAGGGGCCAUUACCAAAACCACAUCCCCAGAGGAGUGCAGGCAGGCAUGCAGGGGCUAAGUGGCAGGGGCCUGACCUCACCCGACACCUCACACUGAAGAAGUUGGGGGGGGGGGGAGCAAUGGAACCCCAUGCUCCUGUCUGCCAAAAAACAAACAAACAAAAAAACAAAUGAGCCCUGACCCCACCAUUGGGAUAAGGGGACUCUCCAAAGGGCAUUCUGUCAAAGACUCUGUGUGGCAAACAAACAAAACAAGACAAAACUGGGGAAAGCUUGAAAAACUGCACAUGGUUCCUUCAUGUCCUCUUGCAACUACGCUCCUUAGCCGCUUUGCCUGACCGAUCUCUGUCUUGCUUUUUCUGUGUAAUUUAUAGUUAAAUAUUGCAUUACCUGAACGACCUCUUAAUAAUUUGUUAUGCAACUAUGUGGAUGCUCCAGAUUUAGUUUGGCUUAGAUGCAGUAUUUUUUUUUGUUAUCUGUUUGUUUAUUUAGCACAAAGGGACGAGGUGUCUGUCAGCUGGAUGGACAUGGACCUGGUUGCAUUGACAUCAGUAUGAGUAUGAGUAUCUAGUAUGUAGGAUACAAGACGCCGUUCAGUUGACACUGUUUAAAGUGUUAACAGUUCUCUCUUUUAUGCAGACAAGUGCACUCUUUCCCAAGGGGAAAAAACACGCCUGACUUUAAAGAGGGAUAAACUCUUCUGAGACUAUAGACGUGCUUCAGUGUUAGUGAAAUAUCCCGACGCUUCUCAAGGCCCUUUGGAUUGCUUUCACUGAAUCCUUUAUGAAAACAUGUUUUUUUUUUAAAUCACACUUACUCAUCAGCUGUGAACAUGAGGGUAAGCACUGGUUUCUUGGCAUGUUAUUUUGGUACAACCAGAUGGUCAAAAUGGGCACAAACGUUCUCCAAAAACAUCAGACAGCAUCAAUCUUAUUGAAACUUUAAUAGUUUGGUUUAUAUGACCCUUUGACUCCUGUAGUGGCAGAUCUCUCUUCCAAUGUGUCUUUAAACUCUGCUGCACUCUAAAUGAGUAAUGCUCUCAUUUAUACUCAUCAGAUAUAGUGUCAUUUGAAGUUUCUCAUCUGAUUGGGUAGUUUACAUCAAGUGCUGUUUGUACUGAUUCCAUUCAAUAAUGUAUUUUGUUGAUCAAUGAAACUUGUUCUAGAUGACACAUUUAUUUAGCAUUGGUCGGUUAUAAAGUGUUUGGGUGUUUACAGCAGUUCACGGUAAUCAAAAAAAAAAGAGAGAUUCCAAGCUCACUGCCUUUUCCUUAUUCAAGGCUGCUGUUUUAUUCUGUGUUCAGAUGUUUAUACAAUCUUUUCAGAGCUGUUUCAGAGGAGACAUCGAAUUCUUCCUCUUUUCUGUUCACGUCUGUAAUGUUAUGUGGUUCUUGUUUUUAGCUCUUGCUCUAUUGCCUUGGACCACAUUAUUACAUGCAUUAUUAACUUUUCUUUACGUUGUUUCAGUUGAAGCUUUUUCUCAAGAAAGUAAAUAGUAAUUGGUGUGAAUAUUUUGCUCGAUACUAAGGAAAAGCAAAUGUGCUGGUACUAAGUGAUGCACCAGCUAAGUGCUGAUAUGAAUGAAAAUGGAAAGUGAUGGUAUUAAUAACUCAUAUGAACACAUAUCAGGAUCCAGAUAGUCAACACACAUCACAAAAAUGGACUAAAUAGCUGAAAAUUGAAUUAGACUACAAAUCAGACCACAUCAAACCACCACUGUAAGACAUACUGUUCCAGUGCCUUCUAUUCUACCACAUAAGUUUUGAAUGUGUUGAAGCUACUGGCCACUAGAGGGCGCUCUAUUGAAAUACUUCACACUCUCCUCGGAGUGACAAAUCCUGACUAUUACUUAAAUACUGCAAAUCUAACUAGCAUCUUUGGUUUAUCUGAUGUUGCACUUUACAAGUGAAUAAAAUCAAAAUAGGAGAAUAGGUGAAUAGAAAGUAGUCAUUUGAUUGUAUUUGUGCAAAUAUAAUGAAAUCAUGCUAA